AUGCCGAGCAGGACAGCCGGCGUGAUCUCCCAGGACUGGGAUCCGGUGGUGCUGAGGAAGAAGCCGGCGAAAGGCCACGAACGCGACCCCAAGGCCGUGAACCAGGCCCUCCGAACGGGCGCGCCGGUCCAGACGAUCAAGAAAUCCGACGCCGGUUCGAACAAGAAGCCGACCGCUGCGCCGGUGGUGAACGCGCGGAAGCUGGACGAGCUGACGGAGCCGGCGGCUCUGGACAGGGUGCCGGCGGAGGUGAGGCAGCUGAUCCAGAAGGCGCGGCUGGAGAAGAAGAUGAGCCAGGCGGAGCUGGCGAAGCAGAUCAACGAGCCGCCGAAGGUCGUGCAGGAGUACGAGAACGGGAAGGCGGUACCUAACCAGGCGAUCCUGGCGAAGAUGGAGAAGGUGCUCGGCGUCAAGCUCAGGGGGAAGGUCGUCUCCAAGUAA